UGCCUAGCUAUUCGCAGAAAUCACUGUUUCACUAUAAUUAUUGACUUCGACGGACUUAAGUAUUUCUGAAUAUUACAAGACACAUAAUUCGCCUCGCCAGAACAUCCCCAACCAACUUGAAGGUCGUCGGCGUUGCUCGCUGUGGAAGAAGAAGGCGCAGUUGAACACCUGAUUGAACGUCAACCGCAUUGUCAACAAAUUGUAAAUUGUGGGUUUCGGGACAGAAUAGUUUCCUAGUUUUGGAGCGAAUGAAUCAGCGACAUGAAGAGAUUUCUAAAGCCAAGUAGUACGGCUGCCCCCAGCAGUAAGAAAAGGUGCAUUCUCAAAAGUCUAUCUGAUGAGUUACAAGAUAUUGAACUAGACAGUGAAGAAAAGUUCACUAUCGGAAGAUCGGAAAAGACUGGAAUUAGUGAUAUAUUUUGUUCGAAGGAGCAGGUUCUGGUGAAGCCUGAUUUUAAUAAGGAAGCGUUAAGUAUAAACAUUAAGGGGCUGAAUCCUAGCGGUUUGAAUGGUUUCAUGCUUGAACAAGGGAAAGGUUACGAGGCAUACAAAGAUGAUAUCAUAGAAAUCGUUUAUGGGCGAUAUCCCUAUAAAGUUCAAUUUGUAGGCGAGAAACCAGUAGACCAUAAACAGAAUUCUGAGCAGAAUAUGGCAACAAACAGUAAUACCGCACACGCCAGGAAUGAAAUUAUGAAACAAUCAGGGGGAAGCGAAUUCGAGUCUAUUGAAACGGGGAAAUUACUUGUUUAUACAAGUGAUGGGGUGAAAAGUUCCAACAAGAUUGCAUCCUUUGAUAUGGAUGGCACGCUUAUAAAAACAAAAUCCGGAAGGGUAUUUCCGAAGACUAUUGACGAUUGGCAAAUAGCUUACUCAGAAGUGCCAGGCGUGCUGAAAUCACUGCAUGAAGAUGGCUAUAAAAUUGUGAUAUUCACCAAUCAAGGUGGAAUUUCUAAAGGACGAAUGACAACUAAGGAGUUCAAGUUUAAAAUCAUGUCAAUUACCGAAAAACUGAAUGUACCAGUUCAGGCAUUCAUUGCAACUUCUGACAGUGUUUAUCGGAAACCAAAACUUGGGAUGUGGAAUUAUUUGGAACAACACAAAAACGAUGGGAUCAAAAUUGACCGGGAAAAAAGUGUUUAUGUAGGCGAUGCAGCCGGACGCCUGGAACAGACUUCACCUGUGAAAGUUAAAAAAGAUCAUUCUUGUGCUGAUCGAUUGUAUGCGAUAAACAUAGGAAUACCAUUUUUCACUCCGGAGGAGUACUUUUUGAAAAGAAAGCCCACGCCUUGGUGCCUACCUGAAUUCAACCCAAGGGAAAACACCCAAAUGGAUUUAUUGGACCCGAAACAUUCUAAACUAUCUUCAGGAACUCUCGAAAUAAUAAUAAUGGUUGGAUUACCGGGUUCUGGCAAAAGUUUCUUUGCUCGUCAGUAUCUUCAACCCCUAGGCUAUGAAGUUGUAAACAGAGAUACUCUAGGUAAUGCUCAGGCCUGUAUUAGUUUAUGUGAAAAAAAUAUUUCCAUUCAAAAAUCUGUGGUCAUUGAUAACACAAACGUCGAUAUUGAAACGCGGAGCCGUUUCAUAAGUAUUGCAAAAUCCAAAAACAUAACUUGUCGAUGUUUUGUUAUGAACGCAUCCUCGUCCCAAAUGAAGCACAACAUUAUUUUUCGGGAGCUAACCGACAAGUCGCACAUAAAAAUCUCGAGCAUGGUAUUCAACUCUCUAAAGAAGAAGUUUGUACAACCGAGUCUUUCAGAAGGGUUCUCUGAAAUCGUGAAAGUUAAUAUCAUUCCAAAGUUCCGAAGUGUAGAGGAAGAACAGUUAUAUAGAAUGUAUUUAGUCGAAGAUUAAAGUAAGUUUCUUUGUUUGUCAAUUAUUUUGGUAGAAAGUUUCCAUGCAAAUAAAUGAUGAGAAAGGA